CACACCAGCUGUCUGUCUCUGUCCUGCUGUUGGUUCACAGAAACAGCUCAGAGUGAGCCCUCCUGCUCUCUCUCCUCUCUCUGUGUCUCAUAGUAACGGUCACCUGCAGAAACACACCGGGACUCACCGAGCUCACACCGACCGACCGACAGACCGCCCGCCGGACUCCAGGACACCGAACCCCGCUCCGCACCGCGCGGCUCCCCGUUGCUGAUCAAACCCGACCAAUCGAUAUCGGGAUCGGUCGACUGCGAUGUCCGCCGCGGUGGAUCAGAACCGGCGCGUGGCCUGCGGCGAGAUCAGAGGCACCGAAGCCGCGAAGGAUGACAUCAGCGUGUGAAACUCCCGAUCCUCCCCGCGUGAGCUGAUCGAUCAUUUAUUUAUCAGGUGUCCCAGGUGUCCCUGCAGGUGUCCCAGGUGUCCCAGGUGUCCCUGCAGGUGUCCCAGCAUGCUGCCGGCCUCCAUCCAGAUCACGGGCGAGCAGCUGUCGGCGGCUGAGGUUCAGGACAUCUGUGAGAGUCUGAAGGAGGACAGCGUCCGGCUGCUGUCCGUCCGCGGCUGCCAGCUCUCUGACCGGGACUUUGGACGCGUCUGCCGCAGCGUGGCGGAGUCUCGCUCGCUCGCUCAGCUCAACCUGAACCUGGGCGUGGUGUCCAGCAUCAGCCGCACCCGACACCUGGCCGACGCCUUGAAGACCAACCGCUCCCUGCAGACGCUGUUUCUCCAUGGAAACCCUCUGUUGGAUGCCGGCCUGGUGACCCUGAACGCGGCCCUGACAACCCACCCGGCGCUGGUCUGUCUGGAUCUGGGAGACUGCAUGCUGGGAGACGAAGCGCUGCGUCUGAUCUGUGGGAUGCUGCCACCUGACGGAGCCAAGUCAGGUCUGAGGGAGCUGACGCUGAGCGCUAACCCAGGAAUCAGCUCCAAAGGCUGGGCUCGACUCGCCAUCGCUGUGGCUCACAGCUCGCAGCUCCGAGUGCUCAACCUGGACUACAACCCGCUGGGUGAUCAGAUUGCAGGGAUGCUGGCGGUUGCCGUGGCGUCCAGUAGAACCCUGGAGGCACUGGACCUGGAGGGUACCGGACUCACCAACCAGUCAGCACAGGUGUUCUUGGACAUGGUGGAGAACUACCCGACCAGCCUGCGGGUUCUGGUUCUGUCGGAGAACGACAUCAGUCCUGAGCUGCAGCAGCAGAUCUGCGACCUGCUGUCUGAAGCAGAGGACGAAGACGACAGAGAGGCCCCGCCCCUCCAGCCAGGCCCCGCCUCCAGCAGCGCCCUGCUGCCAAUCAGAGACAAGUAUCACCCAAUGAGAGACAAGUACCAACCAAUCAGGAACAAGUACCAGCCCCCCGCCUGGCUCCCCCACAGCAACUCCAGCCCCCAGAUGGUCUUGCUGACAUCAGGUCUAGGUGAGAGCUUAUUGGCUGAGACUGAGAUGUGACCCCUCCCACAAACACCCACACUUCCUGUUCACCUUUUAAAUGAUUUUUUUCUUUUGGUUUGGUCUGAAUGUUCCUGGUUUAUUUCUCUGCACUGCACUUCUCUGGGUUGUCAGAUCACCUGAUGGCUGGCAGCCAAUCACAUGCUCUGCAUGGUUUGAUGUAGCACCUGUACAUAGACGAGAACAGAGCGACACAAAACCUUAACACACCAAGUGACUUCUACACAGACAGGUGUUUGUUCAGCAGUGUGUUUCUGAUGAAUGUUGGUUUGUUCUGCUGCUCUGAUGUCACAAUAAUAAAACUGUUUACAGCUUCGUACAAAC